AAACUAAUAAUAAUAUACUAUAUCGUGUAACUAUAUAUCUUUUGUAUCAUAAAACCCUAAACCCUACACUUAGAAACCUCUCAGCUGAAAUUCCCGCACUCUGUCACUCAUACGGAAUUCUCAAGGCUUGAAUUGCUGAAGCUUGUUCCAGUAGAAGAUUUUGAAAUGGUACGCCGUGAUGUGGCGGUGGAAACAUCUGCCGAGAAGAGCUCUAAGAAAAAAUCAAGGAAAAAGAGAAGAGCACCUGAAGAUGAUGCUCAAGUUAUUGAGGAUAUAGCUUUGGAUAAAGGAGAAGCUGCUGAUGGGACCCAGAUUGAUGAUAAUGAGCCUACUAUGGCUGACAAACUUGCCACUUUAGAUAUUGAAAAGAAAGGUCUUAUUGAGGUUCAGGAAAGGCCUGAGCCUCUUGAGACACAGCCUCCCAGUGCAGACUCUGUACAUGUUUUGCUAAAACAAGCUCUGCAUGCAAAUGAUAGACCUCUUCUAAUGGAUUGCUUAUACAAUCAAGAUCAGAAGGUUAUUGCAAAUACUGUUUCACAGUUAAAGACAGUUGAUAUCUUCAAGCUUUUGGAUUCCCUUUUAUCUAUCGUCCAGUCUAGGGGUGCAGUUUUGGUAUGUGUGCUUCCUUGGCUAAGAAGUUUACUUCUCCAGCAUUCUAGCUGGAUAAUGUCCCAAGAGUCUUCAUUAGCUGCUCUUAAUUCUUUGUAUCAGCUUAUUGAAUCUAGGGUUGCAAAUUUGGAUCCUGCACUCCAAUUGGCUAGCAGUUUGGACCUCCUGUUUGCUGGGGUUGAUGGUGAAAUUGUUGAUGAGCAUGACUCCGCCCCUCCGGCCAUUUACGAGGACAGGGAUGAAAGUGAGGAAGAAGAAUCCGAAGAGGAUGCAAUGGAAACUGAUGAAGAGGCUAAAGAACCUGAAGAUUUCAGUGGUAUAAGCGAUGCUGAUCUAAGUGAGGACUUGAGUGAAUGAAUUAUGUAUCUUAUAUGUGACAUUACUAUUUAUUUUCUUUUUCUGGGUCUCAGGUUGUAGGAAAAUUGUGUUGUAAUUGGCGGUAAAAUGGGGAAUAUGUAGAAUCGAGUCUCAAACAUUUUUGCUAGAAUUCAGUUACCUCUGAUAAUCACUUCAAUUAUUUUUGUGAGGAAUAGUACUUCCAAGUUGUAAUGUUGGUUUAACUGCUUCAUUGCUAAGGUAUUUGGAGGCUGGUA